AUGGUGGAUAUGCCUGGGCCAACGAAGAGUAACUGGGGCAGAUGGCAGACUGCUAUGGGCAAUGAUGACGAUGAUAAAGCGCUGAGCGACGAGGAGCUAAUUAACAAGGUUGACAAAAUAGAUGAUUAUAUUGAAAAGCUCUACUGUGAAGCGGUUGAGAGGCUGACCAAAAUAUGCGUCAUUGCAGAAAGCGACGAGCAUAGCCAUGCUGAAUCCGUCAAAACUCUCACAAAACACAUGUAUAAAUUUGAGGUCUCCUUGGAGCGUUUAAUGAAAAUAAUUAAAUCUGGAAAAUCAAAGUCGUUUUGUGAUGGCACCCUUCCACUUGGAAUCGUGCGCUGGGUAAAUGAAUCAAAGGAUCCAGUUCAGUGGAUCCUUUCUUCGGCUGUUAAUCGCAGAAAUACAGAGUGUAACAAGCUUAAGGUGGCCAGUCAAUCAAUUGGACUUUUUAAAACUACUUUGCUAGAUGCGUUACAGAAGCAAGAAUUCACACAUAAACUGUGGCCUUAG